AUGGAGACUGCUUCCAUUUUCUCAAGUAGUCAUCCGCCGUCUUCUCCUCCGAUGAGGUUCGAAGAGGUUGUAAAGAGAUUCCAGACUUUUAGAAACAUCGCUACUGAGGAACCCAUUGAAGAGGAAAAGCUAAGGACCCUUCUCGCUAACAAGGCUUCUCCGAUUUGCUACGACCGGUUCGAACCAUCAGGAAGGAUGCACAUCGCUCAGGGACUGAUGAAAGUCAUCAACGUCAACAAACUGACCUCAUCUGGUUUCCGUGUGAAAAUCGUGAUCGCCGAUUGCUUCACUCAGCUGAACAACAAACGCGGCGGCGACUUGAAGAAAGCCAGAGUCGUUGGUGAGUACUUUAAAGAGAUAUGUAAAGCCGUUGGGAUGAUGAACAACAAAGUAGAGUUUCUGUGGUCGUCGGAGGUAACCAAUGCUAAGCCGGACAAGUACUGGCCUCUUGUGAUUGACAUUGCUCGCAUUUACAAGGUACGAGAUGCUCAGACCGAUGAGCUGAGUACUCCUGAGACCGAUAAGCCGAGUACUCCUGAGACCGAUAAGCUGACCGAUAAGCUGAGUACUCCUGAGACCAAUAAGCUGACCGAUAAGCCGAGUACUCCUGAGACCGAUAAGCUGACCGAUAAGCUGAGUACUGCUGAGACCGAUAAGCUGAGUACUCCUGAGACCGAUAAGCCGAGUACUGCUGAGGCUCUCUACCCAUGCGUGCAGUGUGCAGAUAUCUUGUUCCUCGAGGCUGAUAUUUGCUUGCUUGGGAUGGAUCAAAGAGAAGUGAACAAGCUAGCGAGAAACUACUAUGAAGACAAGACACCGGUAAUCUUGUCGCAGCAUAUGCUUCCUGGUCUCAAACAAGGAGAAGAGAGCAUGUCCAAGAGUGAUCUUGCCAUCUUCAUGGAAGAUGAGGAGGCUCAAGUUAACGUGAAGAUCAAGAAAGCCUACUGUCCUCCGAAGAUUGUGGAAGGCAAUCCAUGCCUCGAGUACGUUGAACACAUCGUCUUGCCGUGGUUUGACGAGUUUGCGGUUGAGCGGAGGGAGGAACACGGCGGUGACAAGACGUUCAAAAGGAUUGAAGAGAUUGUUGCGGAUUACGAGAGUGGAGAGUUGCAUCCUGAGGAUCUGAAGAAAGGUCUGACGAAGGCGUUGAAUAGGAUUCUGCAACCUGUUCGUGAUCAUUUCAAAACGGAUGCUCACGCCAAGAGUCUGCUUAGACAGAUCAAGGCUUACAAGAAAUAG